AUGAUCGACGCGUCGUAUCAUCGUCCUUGGGCGAUCAAGCCCUGUGAAGCUGCUGCUGGACAAACAAGGGGGAGGACUGUUCUUGGAAUGGAAGUGCCUCCGUUCCCGUCAUCAUCAACCAAGCCUCUGGAGCCCGGUGGCAGCUCCAGCUUGGGCUUGGGCCAGGCUUGGCGAGGCCUCCAGGAAGGGAAUCUGGGAACGAUUUCCAUCCGCUGCAUCCUUCGCUUGGGGGCCAAGUCACUUAGCGAGCAGUCUGCAGCCGUCGUGAGCGAACCGGAGAUUAUUGUCGAGUGGAAACGAUAA